AUGAAGAACCAGCUAGAACCAGAUGAACAAUCAGUACCAGAUGAAGGUCAUCCAGUACCAGAUGAACAACCAGUACCAGAUAAAGGUCAGCAAGUACCAGAUGAAGGUCAGCCAGUACCAGCAGAAGAACAACCAGUACCAGAUGAAGUUCAGCCAGUACCAGAUGUACAACCAGUACCAGAUGAAGGUCAUCCAGUACCAAAUGAACAACCAGUACCAGAUGAACAACCAGUACCAGAUAAAGGUCAGCAAGUACCAGGUGAAAGACAGCCAGUACCAGAUGAAGAACAACUAAUAUCAGUAGAAGAACUAGUACCAGAUGAAGUUCAGCCAGUACCAGAUAAACAACCAGUACCAAAUGAAGGUCAGCCAGAACCAGAUAAAUGUCAGCCAGUACCAGAUAAAGGUCAGAAAGUACCAGAUGAAGGUCAGCCAGUACCAGAUGAAGAACAACCAAUACCAGUACCAGAUGAAGGUCAGCCAGUACAAGAUGAAAAACCAGUACCAGAUGAAGGUCAGCAAUACCAGAUGAUGUUCAGCCAGUACCAGAUGAUGGUCAACAAAGACAAUAUGAAGAUGGCGAGUUAA